UUCGGAUUUACAGUAAUGCCCGUCUCGCAACCAGUCCGUGCGAGGAGUUUGUUACGCGCAAAGUUAGAGAAACCUCGUGGCGGUAGCGUACUACGGAGCAAAAUGCCAAAUAUCAAAGUAUUCAGCGGUACGUCGCACCCGGACCUGGCGCAGCGAAUAGUCGACAGGCUUGGAAUCGACAUCGGGAAGGUUGUCACGAAAAAAUUCAGCAACCUCGAAACAUGCGUGGAAAUCGGAGAGUCUGUACGUGGCGAAGAUGUUUACAUUAUUCAAAGCGGCAGUGGCGAGGUAAAUGACAAUCUCAUGGAGCUGCUGAUUAUGAUCAAUGCAUGCAAGAUUGCCUCUGCAUCUCGAGUAACAGCAGUCAUCCCUUGCUUCCCAUAUGCCAGGCAGGACAAGAAGGAUAAGGUAGGAGAUGGUGGUGAUGGUGGGGACAAGUCAGACUCCACUAAGACUCGCUUCAUCAUGAAGUCGAACGAGUGGAAGUUCAGGAGUCGUGCUCCGAUCUCCGCAAAGUUAGUGGCGAACAUGCUGUCGGUAGCAGGAGCAGACCACAUUAUCACCAUGGAUCUGCAUGCUAGUCAGAUUCAAGGAUUUUUCGACAUUCCCGUUGAUAAUCUGUAUGCAGAGCCAGCAGUGCUCAAAUGGAUCAAAGAGAACAUUGUUGAAUGGAGGAACAGCAUUAUUGUAUCUCCAGACGCUGGUGGUGCUAAAAGAGUAACGUCAAUUGCGGAUCGACUCAACGUCGAGUUCGCUCUUAUUCACAAAGAGAGGAAGAAGGCAAACGAAGUGGCGAGUAUGGUCCUCGUAGGAGAUGUUAAGGACAGAAUAGCAAUUUUGGUCGAUGACAUGGCAGAUACUUGCGGAACAAUAUGUCAUGCUGCAGAAAAGCUGUUAGAAGCUGGAGCGACCAAAGUAUAUGCAAUUCUAACACACGGAAUUUUCAGCGGUCCUGCUAUAUCCAGGAUAAAUAACGCAUGUUUCGAAGCCGUAGUUGUUACAAACACAAUCCCUCAGGAUGGUCACAUGAAAGACUGUCCAAAAAUUCAGUGCAUCGACGUUUCCAUGAUGUUUGCGGAGGCUGUAAGGAGAACCCACAACGGCGAAUCUGUUUCGUAUUUGUUCUCCAAUGUACCAUACUAAGCAUGUAAAUCUUUAGAAUAUCGAACCCAGGCAAAAUAUGCCAUUGCAUGUUAGUUGAUUAUUGUUAUCACAUGCUAAGCAGGUCUGCUGUCUCCCUGGUAAUGAUAAUUGUAGAAACUGGAAGAUUUACUGUGCGAUGGAAUCUCUAGACUUGGACUUGUUCAUGUGUGUCAGACAAAUUUAUUGAUAAUUUCGAUAAGCUUUUUUUCCAUAUUUUUACCAAUGUCUAUGCCAAUGUCCAGUGUAUGCAGACAAUGAUCAUGUAUAAGUUAUGCAGAUUCUGUCGAGUCUAAUUGUUAGUGUCAUGAAAUUCCUAUUUGCUUAUGACAGUCGUAGAUCGUACACCUUAGCGAUAAUGAACUAUUCCCCGUUUUAAUAUAAUCAAGUUUGCCAUAACAUAAAUUUUUUAAUUAACAUUGCUCCCAAUUACAUGGAUAGAUUCCAAUCAAACUACUGCUGAUAUAUUGAAUUGUUAGCAUAACAAUAUUUAGCAACCAUGUUCACGAUCUUAUUACCGGAAAAUUUAAUUUUUUAAUCAUGAAAUAUUUUCAGUUUCGUAAGUUACUUAUACGUCAAAUAUCUCAAUAAUUGAUAUUGUAUGACAUUCGCAAUGUUGAAAAAUCUUCGUAUAUAAGGGGAUAAAAUUUGAUUGAAAUUUUUUUUCGUAUUUACCAUGAAAAGUAAAAUUGUAUAUUGUAAUAUUGAUUGUAAAUGCUUUACAACCUAUCAGUAUUUGCGGUAAAAGAAUUAUAUAUAUAUUCUAUUGAAGAAUCAUAUAUUGUUGAUCAAAAAAAAAAAAAAGAAAGAAAAAAGGAAUUACGCGAUAUGGAAUUGUCUACCAUAUUAAAAUCUAUAUAUAAAUUAUUUUGUAUGGUAGAUACAUAUUUGAUGUACAUAUUUUACGGUUUAAUAAGGCGAUCUACUUUUUAUUCUAUCUUGUUAAAAACAUAUACUGAACUUGAGUGGUAAAAGGAAAAAAUAGUAAAAAAGUAUACUCCUUGAAUCUAUGCAA